AUGGGCCCCGGCUAGAGGCGCCCGCCGCCGGCCCGCGGAGCCCCGAUGCUGGCCCGGAGGAAGCCGGUGCUGCCGGCGCUCACCAUCAACACGGCCAUCGCCGAGGGCCCGUCCCCUACCAGCGAGGGCGCCUCCGAAGCAAACUUGGUGGACCUCCAGAAGAAGCUAGAGGAGCUAGAGCUAGACGAGCAGCAAAAGAAGCGUCUGGAAGCCUUCCUCACCCAGAAGGCCAAGGUCGGCGAACUCAAGGACGAUGACUUCGAGAGGAUUUCGGAGCUGGGAGCUGGGAAUGGCGGGGUGGUCACCAAAGUGCAGCACAGACCCUCAGGCCUCAUCAUGGCGAGGAAGCUGAUUCACCUGGAGAUCAAGCCGGCCAUCCGGAACCAGAUCAUCCGGGAGCUGCAGGUCCUGCACGAGUGUAACUCCCCGUACAUCGUGGGCUUCUACGGGGCCUUCUACAGCGACGGGGAGAUCAGCAUCUGCAUGGAGCACAUGGACGGAGGCUCCCUGGACCAGGUGCUGAAAGAAGCCAAGAGGAUUCCAGAAGAGAUCCUGGGGAAGGUCAGCAUUGCGGUUCUCCGGGGCUUGGCGUACCUCCGGGAAAAGCACCAGAUCAUGCACCGAGAUGUGAAGCCCUCCAACAUCCUGGUCAACUCCAGAGGGGAGAUCAAGCUGUGUGACUUCGGGGUGAGCGGGCAGCUCAUCGACUCGAUGGCCAACUCCUUUGUGGGGACACGCUCCUACAUGUCGCCGGAGCGCUUGCAAGGCACCCACUACUCCGUGCAGUCGGACAUCUGGAGCAUGGGCUUGUCGCUGGUGGAGCUGUCCGUUGGGAGGUACCCCAUCCCCCCGCCGGAUGCCAAGGAGCUGGAGGCCAUCUUCGGCCGGCCGGUGGUCGACGGGGCCGAGGGAGAGCCCCACAGCGUCUCGCCACGGCCACGGCCCCCUGGACGCCCCAUCAGUGGUCACGGGAUGGACAGCCGGCCCGCCAUGGCCAUCUUUGAACUGCUGGACUACAUUGUGAAUGAGCCUCCCCCGAAGCUGCCCAGCGGCGUCUUCACCCAGGACUUCCAGGAGUUUGUAAAUAAAUGCCUGAUCAAGAACCCGGCAGAGCGUGCUGACCUGAAGAUGCUGAUGAACCACACCUUCAUCAAACGCUCCGAGGUGGAAGAAGUGGAUUUUGCAGGCUGGUUGUGUAAAACCCUGAGGUUGAACCAGCCCAGCACGCCCACGCGAACCACCGUGUGACAGUGCCACCCGUCCAGCCGAAGACAGGCUGGCUCCCCCUGCCCCACACCCUGCCCGCUCUCCCAGCCCAGCCCCUCCAUGGAGGGGACCAUCACAGAAGACACCGGAACGCCCCGCCCCCCGCCCCUCCUCUGCCUGUCGCAUUGGCGCAGCUCUCUGGGUUCCGGGGAAGGGUGGCCGCUCAUGUUGUCUUCUUGGAACCUGCUUACCUAGGUUUAAAAAACGGGGGGGGAGAGAAAGCAAGUGGUGCCUGUUGUAUUUUGUUGCGUUUGGUUUCCAGGGCUUCAGCCUUUGGCUCAGGUUCCCCUGGCGGUGUGAAUGGUGACACCUGCUGCUGACCGAAGGGUUGGCAGCGGAGUCCACCCAGAGGCACCUCAGAAGAAAGGUGUGGAGAUGAACUUCCAAAAAGCCAGCCACUGAAAACCUCAUGGAGCCCAGUUGUACUGUGACCCACAUAAGGUCUCCAGGAGUUGGGGUUCAGUUAACAGCGGCUGGUAGUCUGGCUCAGCCCCAGGGUUGAGGGGUUGAGGAGCUUCCGGUGAGGACAGCCCUGCAGGAAAACCUCAGCACCCACUCAGGAGAUGGGGGAGGGAGGAAAGAAAGAUGGCGUCGGCGCCGACUUUGCCCUUUUCCAGCCUCGGCGUGGACCCCCAGACAGCAGGAGGGGAGCCCUUCCUUUCCAUCUUUCUGUCCGCUAGUAGACUCUUUAAUGUGUAGAGAGAACCCCAGCUGUGAUGAGGUCCAGUUCCCUUCACCUUCCCCUCUGGGCCACUUCAGAGAGCUGGAGCCAGCAGGAAGGUCCUCUGCUCCUCCUCUCAUCGACCAGAAACUUCUGCCUCCUUGUGGAGCAGCAGCUGCUGAGCUGAGGUCGGCUCGACAGAAAGGAAGCGCUGGGUUUCCACGCUGCUGGUGUGGUCGACAACCCCAGCAUACCCGGCAGAUAAACCUGCGCUCGCAGCUGACAGAUGUGGUGGGUGGCUCUCUUGGUCCCCUCCACCAGCCCCACACCAAUCGGAACGGCCGCCCGGCGCAUCACUGUCAGCACCUCCAAGAUGCACAUGGGUUUUAGAUUGACGGGAGGUGAGAAGUGGGGCGGUCCCCUCCUGGUUCAGGCCUCAGGGUCCCCACCGGGCCCUCAGCUCCCAUCAGCGUUUUGCCCUUGACUUGCCACAACCUCACCCAUGGGAGAGCCGGUGCCCAGCCCUUGGGGUCCCAGGGCAGUAGGAAGUGGCAGAGGGCCGGGCUGUGUCUGAGGCUUCUCCUCUUGAAAGAUGUUGAGGCUGAGUGAGCGGUCCCCCUCUGUACUUCCUGACAGCUUGAAACAAGGUGAUACUUAUCUGUGGGCGCCUUGCAAAGGAAGGGUUCUCUGAAGGAGCAGCAGGAGACAGCAGCUUGUGGUCCAGUAGGGACUGCUGGGUUGUCUUCUUUUUUAGGGAAAUCCUUCUAAUCUGUGUUGUUUUUAUUUUGUGGACACCAAAGAAGAUACAAGUUGGUGGCCCCUUCGACCAGCUUUCCAGGCUUUUGCUACUUAAUAAUCCCACCCCUCCAAAAAAAAUCUCUCAUGAUUUGUUAAAAAAAUUACUAAGAUCUUGAAGGCGGUGACCUGUGGGUAACCCAGAUUCUUCGGGACCAUCCUCAGAAGGAAAGGGGUUACCGUGUUCACUGCACUUCAGUGUCUUUGUUCUCCAAGGGCGCCAGCCUCUCGUGGGCGUUCAGAAUGACCAUAUCUUGGGGCCUGUCAUAGAAACCAUCCCUAGGUGGUGCGGAUGGUAGACACGCAGCUGCUAACUGAAAGGUUGGAGGUGCCACCCAGAGGCACCUCAGAAGAAAAGCUUAGAGAUCUAUUGCCAGGAAAGCAGCCUUUGAAAGCCCGGUGGAGCCCAGUUCUACUCUGGCACACUUGGGGUCACCAUGAGUCAGAAUCGACUCCAUGGCAGUGUGUGUGUGACACGUGACAGCAGAAGUUUUCAGGGUUUUUGCUCCCUACCCCCACUUCUCAUUCCCUAGGAUCCCACUUGGCAUCAAGUCAAUUCUGACUCAUAGUGACCCCGCAUGGGUCAGGGUAGAACUGGGUCUUCAGUGGCUGAUUUUUUGGAAGUAGAUCCCCAGGCCUUUCUUCCAAGGCAACUCUGGUUGGACUCGAACCCCCAACCUUUUAGUUGGCAGGUGAGCACUUAACCAUUUGCUCCACCCAGGGACUCAUUCCUUAGAAACGUUCCUAAACCGACUGUCCUCUACCCACAACUCCUGACUGUGUUAAAGUUGGUAGCAUAGCCGCUGGCCUUCAGCACUGACACCCAGAUCACCAGGCUGGCCAGAAGCGGCACAGACUUGGGGAGCCUCGCUCCUCUCCCCAGCCAGAUGUGUCUGUGGGGCUCUGAUGAUGUGCUGGGCGCGACCUGGGUUUAAGUUUCUCUGCACGACGGACCCUGCCCUUUUUCCUAUAAAAAACAUAAAAUCAGUUGGUGUUUUGGGCUUCUGUGUGGGAGGACUCCCUGGGUGGUGCAACCAGUUAACUUCCUCGGCUGCCAACCUAAAGGUUGAGGUUCAAGUCCACCCAGAAGUGCCUUGGAAAAAGGCCUGGCCAUCUCCUGACACACACGCGGACACAAUUAACUGGGAUCCGCUCAGUGGCAACUGGUUUUAGUCUCUGUGGGAGACUGAGGCUGGGCGUUGCCUGGCCAGGCUGCUGGGCACCCUGGGGCCCCCGACUGGCUCCCCGCCAGCCACCCCAGUUAUUGGAGGUGGAAUGUUCUGUAUAGAUGGGAUUUUUUUUUUUUUUUUUUUCAGAUUGAGAUGUUUUGAUUUUAAAUAGUAGACCUUUUUGGAGUAGGUUUAGAUUCAUAGAGAAUGCAGAAAGCACAGUUUGCGCUGGUGUUUUGGGGUCGUUACGCUUUACAGACCUCAAGAUGGUUACAUGGAGUGAUGAGUCAAACUACUAGUGUGUGUGAGGGCUGCUCGCCACUCACCUGUGACCCUGCACUGCUCUGUGCCACCUCUUCCCCCCCCCAAAAAAAGCUCAAAUUCCAAAGCUUUAGAAUCUCAUGUGUUGGGGGUUGUGUUUGUGUUUUCUUGGCUUUUUGUGUGUGUGUUUCACUCGGAAGAGGAAAAUACCCAACAUUUUGUUGGUGCAAAUUUUUUUUUUUAAUUGUGGUAGAAAUAUAAAUAGCAAACCAUUUGUCAUUUCAGCGUUUUUUACGUGUAUAAUUCAGUGACGUUGAUUACAUUCAUCAUGUGCCAGCAAAUUGGUUUUGUUGUUUUAUUUUGGUAAAACGUGUAUAACACACCAUUUGCUGAUUCAGUUUUCACACGUACAGUUCAGUGACGUUGACGAUGCUCAUCGUGUCGUGCGACUGUCACCGCUGCCCUUUUCCAGUGUCCCACCACUACAAACAGAUGGUCAGUGCCCCCCAGGCAGGGACUCCCCUUCCCCUCCCUCCCGCCUGUAGUAACCAUGAAUAAACUUUGGUCUUUUUGCGUUUGCUUGUUCCAGA